GGUUGCUGUGCAUUUCAGCUGUAGUAGGGUCUGGUGAAGGGAGGAGAGAAAUGAAUGAGAAAGAAAGAGCGCAGAGAGAGAGAAAGAAAGGGAGAGCUAGGGCAGCAGUGAAGAAGCAGGCAGACAGGAAGGCGUAAGGAGGAAAAAGCAAAGGGAAGACAGAAUUAGCAUUUUCUUCCUGCCUUCUCGGAGAGGGAGGAGGAGAGAAAGAAAGAGCUGAGCCUGUGGAUUCUCCUUCUUUUCUUUUAUCCUCUCCUCCUUGCUGUAGCUGCUCUAAAUGCUCUCCCAUAGAGGGAGAGCUUUGGGGGUAGCAUAGAAAAGGAGGUUGGCUUGCAUACUAGAGCUUGCUAAAGGCACACGAACAUACAUCCAGGACGGAAGGCAAAGUUGCAGGCAUGGCUGCCAAAAGGGGCAAGUCAGGAGUACCACAGAAUGUGGCACGGAGCGAGCUAAAGGUCUACCGUACGGGUAGCACAGAGGGACGCAUCCCUGUGCCCACCAACCUGCGCAAGCAGAGGUCUCUGACCAACCUAGCUGUUCUAACGGAUGCCGAGAAGAAGAUGCAGCUCUACGAGCCAAAGUGGUGUGACGACAUGGGCAAGGCCAGCACUAGCCACCUGAAGACAGGCAAGCCAAAACCAACAGGCGGAGGAGGAGGAGGGCCUGGUAGUGCCCAGCUAUCACGGAACCUGUCCAAGUCAGAACAUUCUCUUUUCCAGGCCAAACCCAAACCCUUUACACCACUUGCUGCUCCUGGUGCCCUGGGGAAGACCCAGAGCCGCAUCCCCCGGGGUCCUUAUGCGGAAGUAAAGCCUCUUAGCAAAGCUGCAGAUGAUGGAAAGUCAGACGAUGACAUCCUUUCCAGCAAGGCAAAGGCUGCAGGCAAGAAGACUGCAGCUGGGGGUCAGGGGGACUCUGAGGCCAAAGGCCAAGGUGAGGAAGGUGGUGAUAAGCCCUUUUUGAAGGUGGAUCCAGAGCUAGUGGUCACAGUUCUUGGAGAUCUGGAGCAGUUACUCUUCAGUCAGGUGCUUGAUCGAGAGUCUCAGAGGAAGCGUACUGUUCAGAAUGUUCUGGAUCUCCGGCAGAACCUGGAAGACACCAUGUCCAGCCUGCGAGGGACCCAACUCAGCCACGGUUGCCUGGACAGUAGCAUGUGCUAUGACAGUGAUGACACCAACGCCCGUAGUGUCUCCAGCCUCUCCAACCGCUCCUCUCCACUGUCCUGGCGUCAUGGCCAGGCCAGCCCGCGUCUGCAGGCUGGCGAUGCCCCCUCUUCCACUGGUUACCCGCUGGGUUCAAAAGCUGCAUCCCAAUACACCUCUCAUACCAUGCCUGCCCGCUGCUCGAGCCGCCUCAGCAACACCUCCCACAUUGAACUCAUUGAGAACCUGGACACAGGAGAUGGCGACCUCAAAUCUGGUUACCUGAGCGAUUCUGACUUAAUGAGCAAGAGUCUGAAUGAGGAUGAUGAUGAUGACGAUAAUCUUGCCAACGGGUGGGAUGAGAGCAGCUCCAUCAGCAGUGGUUUGAGUGAUGGCUCUGAUAAUCUGAGCUCAGAGGAUCUGAAUGCUAGCUCCUCACUGAACUCACUGCCCACUACACCAGUCGGCUCCCGACGGAACUCUUCUGUCAUGCUGCGUACAGAUGCAGAGAAGCGCUCUCUGGUGGAAAGCGGUCUUGCUUGGUACAGCGAGGACAACAAGGCCUUGCAGAAGGCAGACAGUGGAGCGUAUGAUACAGGCAGCCUGAAGACUGAGUCCUCCAGCAAAUACAGAAAAAGCAGACCAGCAGAGGGCUCUGCGCAGGAGAAGACCGCAAGACGAGAGCUGAAAAAGCCACAGAGCCUCGGACAGCCAGGCAGCUUCAAAAAGGGCCAAAAUCCUCCAGUUGGUGUCACAUCUCCCAUCACACACAUGUCACAGAGUGUGCUGAAAGUGGCAGCAACACCUAAAGGAGACGCUAAGGUUGUGGAUAAGCAGAAGCUGUCCCUAAAGACUUCAGGUCUGCAGCGUUCCCGCUCUGAUGCAGGUCGGGACAGUGUGGAGCACCGCAAACCCCCCUCAGGCCUCGUCAAACCCACUGCAGGCAGCUUCGGCUACAGGAAAACCCCGACCACUGGUACAGCCACUGUAAUGACAGCAGGAGGUGCUACCAUCUCCAGUGGGUCUGCCACAGUGGGUAAAACCCCUAAGUCCUCAGGCAUCCCCACCAAGCCUGUGCCUGGAGGAGGAAGCCGAAAAAACAGCCUGGAUGCCAGCAAUGGUGAGAAUGGCUUCCUAGCACCAAACGCCCGCGGCAGCAUUCAGUACCGAAGUCUCCCUCGUCCCGCCAAGUCCAGUGCUAUGAGUUUAACAGGGCGAUCUGCCUCCCGGCCUGUUAGCAGCAGCAUUGACGCCAGCCUCCUUAGCCUCAAGCCCAUGCCUACUUUACCUGCUACCAUGCCUACUAGAGGAAAGGAUGGAGGUAGCAUAAAGGCAGGCAGCCGCACGAACAACACUGGUCCUGUUAACCAGACAGACAGGGAGAAGGAGAAGGAGAGGGCCAAGGCCAAAGCGGACCUAGAGAACAAUUCUCUGAAGAGCGAGAACCAGAGAGAGAGCUGUGGAGAGAAUGCAGAGCAGAUCCACAGGACACACAGGACCAGCACAAGCAAAUACCCAGAACUGAGUUCUCCAACUACCACACCAAGGAUGCUGGCUAAGUCUCUCGCCCACCCUCCGAGCCUGGCACACAUGGACAAGGUGAACUCCAACAGCCUAGACUCAUGUGUGACUAUCGAAGACCUUCCCCCAAAGAUUCCUCCCUACUCCAAGCUGCAAGAGAUGGUGGGCUCGCGCGUGCCCAGCCGUCUCACGCCCAGCCCAGCUCCAGUGCUCAACAUCGACUCGCCAAGCUGCUUCUCCGGUCAGCCUCUUUCACUGAGCAGCUCCCCCCUCCUAUACCCCAAGAUGUCUGGUGUCCACCGCAGCAUGGAGUCCCUGUCUCUGCACAUGAGCCUGCCACCCAGUGUGGAACUCAGGAACCAGGAGGACGCCACAGGCAGGACUAUGGGCACGUGGGGGGCAAGCACUCGCACAUCGGUCACCUUAAAUGACAGUUUACAAACUGACAGGAACACCUUACCCAAGCAAGGACUAAGUCGCUAUGGCAGUAGCCAAUCAGAAGGAGAGGGGAAGGAACGCCGCCACUCCCACACGAUAAUGAGCAUGACCGAGUCCGAGAGCCCACCCCAACUCCCAUCACCCACUCAUUUGAGCCAAUCCUUUGCUGGCAAAACACCACCCACUAAUGUGGUGGCUCCCAUUACAAGCUCGAGCACCACUCCUCGCAUCACUCGCAGCAACAGCAUCCCAGCCAAUGAGGGCAGCUAUGACCUUUAUGCAAGUUCUCCACUGGGGAGCUCCAUGUCACUGGCCGAUCGGCCUAAGAGCAUGAUGCGCUCUGGAUCCUUCCGGGAGCCGGGAGAGGAUGUCCACGGUUCUGUCCUAUCCCUGGCCUCCAAUGCUUCAUCCAACUACUCAUCGACAGAGGAGAGAAUGCAGGGAGAGCAAAUCCGAAAACUAAGGCGUGAACUUGAAGCAUCUCAAGACAAAGUGGCCAACCUGACGAAUCAGCUGUCCGCUAACGCCAACCUGGUGGCAGCUUUUGAACAGAGUCUGACGCUUAUGACCGUUCGCCUGCAGAGCCUGUCUGUCAGCUCUGAGCAGAAGGAUGUUGAGUUACAGGACCUAAGGGACACCGUUGAAAUAUUGAAAUCCAAGAACACAGAGGCCCAGGUUAUCAUCCAGGGAGCACUCAACAACCCUGACUCCACACCCAAAGAACUACAGAUUAACAGGCAGAACUCAUCUGAGAGCAUUGCCAGCAUGAACAGUAUCACCAGUCAUUCUAGCUUGGGUAGCCUGAAGGAACAAGAUGCCAAGAAAAAGAAGAAGAAAAGCUGGUUGAGAAGUUCCUUUAAUAGGGCUUUCUAUAAAAAGGGCUCCAAGUCGUACUCGGAUAUAGAGGAAAUUACCACCCCGGAGUCCUCAACUCCGUCCUCCCCUAAAAUCCAUCACGAUGUGGAAAAAACACCAUUCUCUCUAAAUGAGCCCACUUCUGCCUCCUCCUCUGGACUGAGCAACAGUAGUGAGGGCACAGAAACUGAUGAGAAGGUGGUGUCUGAGUUGCGCUCGGAACUCUGGGAAAAGGAACGCAAACUUACAGAUAUUCGGCUGGAGGCCCUUAGUUCUGCUCACCAGCUGGAGCAGCUACAAGAAGCCAUGAGCAAGAUGCAGAUGACUGUAGAAAAUUUGAAGGCAGAAAAUGACCAGCUGAAGACGGGUGUCUCCAGACCUCCAAGCUCCACUUCCCAGUCCUCUGGGCUGGGCUCAUUGGGCACCUUGUCACCACGGCAAUCUGUGGCAUCUCUUAGCAAAACCUUUAGCAUGGGAGCAACUGAAAGCUUAAACACAGACGUAUUUCAAAGUCCUACCUCGACCCUGCAGAAGGAUGAGAGCUUUGUCAGAGUGCUAGUGCGCAUACCCAACCAGCAAGUCUUUAAUGAGGAGGUUAAACAACUGGAAUUCUUCAUUGGCCUGGUCAAACUCAGUGGGCAGACCGACUGGUGCACUCUUGACUCUGCCAUCUGCCAAGCUUUUAAAGACUACUUAUCAGUGGUGGACCCGAGCUCCAGCCUGGGCCUGUCUCAGGACUCCAUCUACAGCUACAGCCUCAGUCAUCUGAAGAGGGUGCUAGGGGCUCAGCCACCCGAGACUCCACCAGUACGCUGCCUUAGCAAGAGUUCCACCUGCAUCAACGUGGCUCUCAAAGGUCUGAAGGAGAAGUGUGUGGACAAUGUGGUGUUUGAGACACUUGUCCCAAAGCCUAUGAUACAGCACUACAUUAGUCUACUGCUGAAGCACCGGCGCUUGAUCCUGUCAGGACCCAGCGGCACAGGGAAGACUUACCUCUCCUCCCGCCUCGCUGAGUACCUGGUGGAGCGCAGUGCCCGAGAGAUCACCCCUGCCAUCGCAGUCUCUUUCAACAUGCACCGUCAAACCUGCAAGGAUCUCCAACUUUACCUGUCUAAUCUGGCGAAUCAGAUUGACCGGGAGACUAGUACAUCUGAAAUCCCACUGGUUGUCGUGCUUGAUGAUGUACAUGAUGCUGCAUCCAUCAGUGAAUUAGUUAAUGGUGCUUUAACAUGUAAAUAUCACAAAUGUCCAUACAUUAUAGGGACCACAAAUCAGCCAGUGAAGAUGACCCCCAACCACAGCCUGCACCUUAGCUUCAGGAUGGUUAUGUUCUCCAAUAAUGUGGAGCCAGCCAAUGGCUUCCUAGUGCGCUAUCUGCACAGGAAGCUAAUGGAAGCAGAGGACCCCAGAAGCUUGACGAAUGAGGAUCUCCUGCGGGUGUUAGAUUGGGUGCCCAAGCUCUGGUAUCACCUCCACACUUUCCUGGAGAAGCACAGCACCUCUGACUUCCUCAUUGGGCCGUGUUUUUUCCUGUCCUGUCCAGUGACAGUAGAGGAGUUUCGCUGUUGGUUCAUUGACCUGUGGAACCACUCGAUCAUUCCUUACCUGCAGGAGGGAGCCAAAGAUGGUAUCAAGGCACAUGGUCAGAAGGCAGUGUGGGAGGACCCAGUGGAGUGGGUGCGGGAUUCUCUCCCUUGGCCCUCUGCCCAGCAGGACCAGGCCAAGCUCUUCCAUCUGCCUCCACCCAGCACGGGGCCAGCCAGCCCUAGCCAAGCUGGAGACGAGCGGCCCCACAAAGAAACCCCUCCCAGCUCCAUGGAGUCGGACCCACUGAUGGCAAUGCUGCUAAAACUGCAGGAGGCAGCCAAUUAUAUUGAAUCACCAGAAAAAGAGGCAGAGCCCAAACUGCCCACGCUAUGAACACAAACAUAUACUGAGCCUUCACGGAUCUCUUUCAUCUCUCCAGUGGUUCUGACAAAACUCAGAGGUCCUAAUGCAAACUCCUGAAAUACAUCUUCAUGUCAUAAAUGACUAAAAAUGUCUGUAUUCUUCUAACAGAGAACAUAAGUCAUUUUUCUUGGUUGGCUCACCUCGUUUUGCUUUCCUGUUUAUAUAAUAAUGUAUGUACAUUGCAAGAAUAUUUGUUAUAAAACGUGUCAUAAAAGCCAAUAGAUACUUUUAGUCACAAGCAAAUAGGUACUUUUGUUACAAACAGAAAUAUAUAAUGCUUGUACCUGCAGAUCAUAUACACUAUACAGAUUACAUACGGCAUAAUCAGUAUAUGUUUUUCUUUUCAUGAGCAUUUACUGUUCCACUGCUGCCUACAGUACAACUUAAGGAAGCAGGUGUUAACUGCUAAUUGCUAUUAUGCACAAAUAGCAUUCACCCCACCCUUCUAAAUAGUGGAAAACAGCACAUCCAAUUGAGCGCCACCUUUACGUGCAGACUUCUGCAGUGAUGAGUGUGCAGCAGCGCUGCUGCUGAUCAAGCAUGUCUGCCUGGCCAUACACGUCAGUGAUUGUCUACCCAAAAUUUAAACUGCAUGCUAAAGCCUAUGAUUACUAUGAACCUCAAAAACACCUUGGAUUUCUUACUUGUUUCUACCAGAAUAUCAUUUCGGCAAACAAGAAUGCCAUAAAAAGGCAAAGUGUGCCAGCCUGUCCCCUGAAGGGGGCACUGUUCAUCUCAAAAUCUACAUUGCCAUACUACUAGCAAUGUUUGGGAAGUCAGCAACAGCACUUCAACCAUACAUAGCAAAGAGCAUAGAGAGCUUUCAAACAGAUUGCAGUAGCUGAAUGCUAUUUCUGUAAGCUCUCUAAACAGCAUAACGUUUCUUUAUUCUUUUUAUGUAACAGUACUGUAGUUAGAUUUUAUUCGGCUUUGAAAUUAAUCUCAGCUCAGGGGGUGGGUAAUCUCAGGCAUUCAGGUAUGAUUAUUUAAUAUUGCUGUACUCUCGGUUAAAGGCUCUCUUGUAGCAUACGGUGCAAAUAUCUCAAAAUGCAAAAACCAAAUACUCAAGUGUUCAAUACCUGCUCAGUACCAGCCAGGUGUUCGGAGUAGGAGAGAAACUGCCCCUACAGAUGUGCAUUAAGAGCUGCUAAAAGAGAACUCCAGAAAAGCAUAAGAUUAAGUUUUGAUUUAUUUGGUGCUAUCAGAUAUCACCCACCUCUAGGAAAAUUACUAUUUUCCCAUGCAGUGGUCUUAUAUUAACAGUAUAGGUGCUUUAUCUCAGUAAAAUAGCCUUAUGGUCUCAUAGCUUACAAUGGUAUCUUCAUGAAGUAACUACCAGGCACUAACUAUUCAUCCAAUACCUUUAUCUGUCUCUUUAUGCGCUCCUUUCUACUUCAAAUGGCCGUGGCAUGUCUUAUCAUUAUUCUUCAUGGGAUAUUACCAUCAAAACUUAUCAUAAGCAUAUCAUAACAGUAUUUUUCUGGUAAUGAAAUUAGAGGUGAACUUGCGUGCUGCUUUAUUCAGAAGAGCUGACCUUAGGCCCUGUAGUAAAAAUAUGAGGCAUGAACUUCGAUAAGCUUGGCUAGGAAUGUACUGCAUAAACUAGAGGAUGCACAAUUGCUCAAAAUAAGCAGUGGUGGACCAGUAAUUUCCCUCACCUUUACCAGAAAACAUAAAGCAUAUCAAUAUAUGCAUGUUUACAGGCAAAACUGAUUUGAGUGGAUCAGUUGUAAAAUUUGCAUUAUUCCAAAUGGUUUCUGCAUUGAUAUUUUAUUUUGCCUUAAACACUGUAUUCUGUCAUUGUUCAUCAAUGUAAAUAUGUCACUGACAGAAAAGGGGGAAAAAGGGUCUUAAAAUGGUCGUAUAGGGUUUGUUAUCUAGAUCAGUAAAAAGUGCCACAAAAUCCUUUAGAUAGGUAUUACUUAUAUUCACAUACAGUAAGAUUGUCUAUUUCUGAAGUUUCUUUGCGCUGCUAUUCCCAACCUGCUGUGGGAGAUUUCCAUUUAAUUACAUCCCUUAAGACUUUAUUUGCCGAGCCCAUGCAGUGGCUUUCUUUCCUAAAAAGAGAUUGGAGGACUUCAAGUCCCUUUCGCUAAUCUAUAUUUCAUUUAAAAAUGUUAUACGGAUAGAUUGGUCUUUAUUAUGUAACAGUAUUAUUGGUAAUUUACCAUAAAAUUGAAAUCCAGCUGGGAAAAUGACUUAAAAUUAAGGGGCAAAUCUUUUCUUCAUGUGUUUUGUCUGGCUUUGAUGCAACAGAUGAGAAAGAAAUUUCAGUUAUACCUGUGCCUCAUGUUUGCCCCUGUAUGAAAUAGGAUGUUGAUAACAGAAGCCACUGUGCUCUGUCUGCAUCACAUCUCUGGUUCAUGUGCCUGUAACUGUGAUGGCUGUGUUGUGUUGUGCUGUGUCUCCCUAACAGGACUAUUCAACAACUUACUGUUGACUUUGACUGGUGAAGAGGGAGGAUGAUACAUGCUGGUUUUUUAUAUAUUUGUUCUCUCUCUCUCAGCCCCACUUACAAAUGUUCUCAACUGCAGUACAUCUAAGCUAGACUACCACAUAAACUUUACUACCUGCCCGAGUGGUGAUCAUUAUCGGUCAUUUUAUUGGAGAAUUUUGAGAGCAUUACAUUUGUACCCUGUAGAUGAUUUGGAUGCAAAGAAACAACAACAACAAAAAAAAACCUUGAGAUUUUUCUCUGUUGGCUAAUGUUAUACUACAAAUAUCCUUUGAUGUAUCGGAUCUGCUCAGAUUACUUAUUGGAGUGUACAACUCGAUUUUUGUGAAGUGUGUAAGUUUGUUUUACACGAAACAGUGGGCUAUGAUACUAGCCCUAGGUCACAAGUUGUUGAACAGUCCACAAAUUCCAUGCAAUGCUUGUUAUUGAUUCAAAAUUAAAAUAGUCUACUAUCAAAGGUAUGGUAUCUAAUGUAACUUGCAAUGUGCAAUAGAUGUGCAAUGGGUUUCUAAAUGUUGUAAAAGCAUGUCACCUUUGUGUGAAAAAGAAUUUGGAAAUGGUCUACCUAAUGUUUGGCCAUUAUAAUAGGAUAUAGCCUUCUUGUUUGUAAUUUUCCCCAGAUAAUUGUUUAAACUAAUUAAUUUUCAUUUUUGUACAUAAUAUCAUAAUUGUAUACAUUGUAAAUAGCCAAGUCAUUUGCGACAAUCAUUUAGGAUCAGAAAACUAGUAGAGGAAUGUGGUUUGGAAAGGAGAAAGAGUUUGGAGUGGCCCUGUAAACCUGUGGGGAACUGGCAUGCUUUCAGAGGUCUCUGCAUAACCACAAGUCCAACCUUAUUCAUCUGCCAUAAUAAAACCACACCAUGUUCUUUAA